UGCCAGGAUGGCAGAGUCCGGGCCCUUCCCGCUGAUGGUCGAGGGGUCUUGGGGCCUAGACCCCCCGAAGACCUUAAUCAACAAGUUGCAAAUGUACUUCCAGAGCCGAAAGAAGUCGGGCGGAGGGGAGUGCGAGGUCGUCCCACAGCCCGGGAGCCCGGCAAGCUUCCUGGUGCUCUUUUCCCCGGAGGACGGUGAGAGGCUAAAAGGCCGAAAAGGGUCGCCCGGCGCGGGGUUCAGGCCAUCGAAAAUCAAGGAGUUGAUAGACAGCACCACGGAAAAGGUCCGAAAGGAGGAGCAGAGUGUGAAGGAGAAAGUGGCCAUUUCUCCAGGGAAACAUUUUCUUUUGCAUCAGAGUGGUUUCCUGGAUGAUCUAAGGAAAGAGAACCCAGAGAUGGAGAUUCAUUACGAUGCUGCCACUCAGCACCUGUGCUUUAAGGGAUUCCGUGCAGAUGUGUAUAAAGUAAAGUGUGACAUCCAGGAAAAGAUGUAUUCCAUGCCUCAGAAAGACGUCCCGAUUCCUUCUGAAGUCUUCAUGUUUCUGCAGCAAGUAGACAGUCAGGAAUUCUCCAAGACUCUUUUUGAAGCACAGAAAAUUCUUGUCACAUAUGAGCUGAAUGGUACAGCUCUUCUUUUGAUGGCCUGUUCUUUCAGAGCCCUAGCAGAAGCAGAGAAGAAAAUGCUUGAUGCCUUGAGUUAUAAAAUCAUUGAAGUUGAAGACAAGGAAGUUUUUAGAGGCAAUGUGUGGAAAAGGAAAAUUCACCUUCUGCAAAAAAGACACCGCUCCACUGCAAGCAUUAUGAUAAAGGAUGAAUUAACUUUAGGAACCCCAGCGGAGGUCAUCAUUGCAGGCUGUGUGAAAGAAGUAAAUGAAAUCCAUGGCCAACUUUUUGAGUUCUUGGAAAACACCAUGAAAAUUGAAAGACUGGUAGAAAUAGAACCAUUGUUGAUAAUCGAGUAUUUAAGGUCAGAUAAGAAUCUGUUCUGGCCAAAGAUAAGGAAGGCCAAUGUGCAGGCAAGUUUUAAGCUGGAAGACGAACCAAAAGGCAUUUUACUAACUGGCUUCAAGAGUAAAGUUCUAGACUGCAUGGACAUGGUCAAGCAAAUCCGGGAUUCAGUCUGCAUUAAAAGGUUCCAGAUUGAUAAGCCUGGUGCUAGGCACUUCUUCCAGGAUAAAGCAUCCUAUUACAAAAGCGAGAUCAAACGCCUGUAUGGAUGCAUCAUUGAGCUCCAGGAGGGAGCAGAGAAGGACAAAGGCAGCCUUAAAGAGCAGAAGUGCCUCUUACAGAAGGACAUAGCCCCUGGAGUCACGCUGAUUGUACAGCAGGGAGACCUGGCUCGGUUUCCUGCCGAUGUGGUCGUGAAUGCAGCAAACGAGAAUCUGAAACACAUUGAUGGUCUGACUGAUGUCAUUGUCACCUCCAUUCCCUCGGAUCUUGCACUCAACAAAGGACCACUGUCUAAGGCCUUACUGGAAAAGGCCGGGCCAGAACUCCAGAAGGAACUGAAUGAAGCAGGACAAGGGGUCCCUGUCAAGGCAGGCACAAUUCUACAAACCAGUGGCUGUCAUCUGAACUGCCACCACGUAUUUCAUGUGGUCGCUCCACAGUGGAAAGUCAACGACACUGCAUGGUCACUGAAGAUCAUGAAAAACAUCAUCAGAGACUGUCUAGGAACCGCCGAGGCACUCUCUCUGCAAUCAAUUGGAUUUCCAGCAAUAGGAACAGGAAAUCUGGGGUUUCCUAAACCCGAAUUUGCUAAAUUGAUAAUUUCAGAAGUGCUCAAAUUUAGUAGCAAGAACCAUCUGAAAACUUUACAGGAAGUUCAGUUUCUGCUGCACCCGAAAGAUGUGGAAAACAUUCAGGCAUUUUCAGAUGAAUUUGACAAAAGGAGUCAUGGAAAUCCAAGUGACACCCAAGGUUUUUAUGGGAGUCUCUCCAGCCCUACGUUAGGAGUGCACGAAAUGAAUAUUGGCCCAAUCCUCUUCCAAGUGGCCACCGGGGACAUCACCAAAGAAGUGGCAGAUGUGAUUGUCAAUUCAACAUCAAACACAUUUAAUCUCAAAUCAGGAGUCUCCAAGGCAAUUUUGGAAGGUGCAGGACCAAGUGUGGAGAACGAAUGUUCUGUCUUGGCUCAGCAGAACAGUGAGUACAUAGUUACCGAAGGUGGAUCACUGAGAUGCAAGAGUAUUAUUCACGUUGUUGGUGGGAAUGACGUGAAGAGAUCAGUUUCCUGUGUUUUGGAAGAAUGUGAACAACGGAACUACUCAUCCAUUUGCCUACCAGCAAUUGGCACAGGAAGUGCUCAACAGGACCCAGAUGCCAUUGCUAAAGCUAUAAUGGAUGCCAUUGAAGAAUUUAUCCAGAAAACAUCAGUGCAGGCUGUGAAGAAAGUCAAAGUUGUUAUCUUCCAGCCUCAUAUCCUGAGUGUUUUUUAUGACAACAUGAAAGACAGAGAAGGCUCCCCGGCUCCUCCCCAGCCGUCUCUACUGUCUAAGAUCACCUCCUUUUUUGGCUUUUCAAAGCAUACUCCCCACAAACAGAAGACCCUGUUUUUGGAGAAGAAAAUAGAACAGACAGUUUUCCAGGUAUGUGGCAUAGAUGAAGACAGUGUGGAACGCACGAUCUCCUGGAUACAGAACCUGAUCACCCAGGAGCAGCUACCCUAUCGCAGUGACGAUGAGUGUGUCAGAGACUUUGGUGAGAAGGAGUACAAGAAGCUGAAUGAGCUGCAGGAGAGGCUGAAUAUCAUCAUUGAGCUGGACCAGAAGACACCUUUGAUUAAAGUUACAGGAAUCAGCAGAGAUGUGAUAGAAGCCAGAGAUGAGAUUGAAAACCUGAUCAAGAGCAUCCGAUUGGCUAAAGAGAAGGAAAGCCAGGCAGACUAUGUCCUCACAUUCGUGGAAUGGCGAUAUAUUGACAACAAUGUCAUACACUGUUUCGACAAAAUAACUAACAUGCAAUUGGAGAAGGCACGGCAGGCAAAGCACAAGAGCACUGUUGUCAAAAUUAAUAAUCAGGACUUCACAGUGAACUUUAGGACAAACAUGGCUACAGGCCCUCAAGGACAGAGUGUCACUGUGCAGCGCAUCUUAAAAGAUGAAGCUGAAAUCCCUUCAAAUUGGAGCAACAUGAAGCAGAAGAAAUUGCUUGUGGUUAGUCUGCAAACCAAUGAUCCUGAGUAUAUCAUGGUGGCAAACCAGUUCCACCGAACCUGCCAAAAUUUCGCCAUAGAGAAGAUCGAAAGGAUCCAGAAUCCAGCUCUCUGGAGGAGGUACCAGGCAAACAAAAAAAUUAUGGAUGAAAAGAAUGGCCAUGAAAGAAAUGAGAAUCAACUCUUCCAUGGGACGGAGGCUAGCUCUAUUCCACACCUCAAUAGCCAUGGAUUUAACCGCAGCUACGCUGGGAAGAACGCCACAUGCUAUGGGAAGGGAACCUAUUUUGCUGUCGAUGCUUCCUAUUCAGCUCAUGAUACAUAUUCCAGACCAGAUGCCAAUGGGAAGAAGUAUAUGUAUUACGUGCGGGUUCUCACUGGAAACUACACAACUGGAAACCAGUCACUGAUUGUGCCUCCUCCAAGGGACCCCCAAAAUCCUACUGACUUAUACGACACUGUCACAAAUGAUGAUAAAAAUCCAUGCAUAUUUGUAGUGUUUUAUGACAACCAAGCAUACCCAGAAUAUCUCAUCACCUUUAGGCGGUGACACUUCAGGGCACCUUCAUGCAUCUGCUGCAAGACAAAUUUUCACUGUCUUCCUCCUUAUGCUUCCUCUUUCUUUGCCGUGGAUGUUUCCUCUGCUGCUUCUCCAUGGUGGAAAUGAAUCCACUUGAGAGCCAAUCAAACUGAGAAUUUAAAUCAGGUAACAGCUGAAGCCAUGCUGUCUCAAAUGAGACAGUAACAAGCCACACAGUUCCGGCUACCACCAGUGGAAUCAUGUCAGAGAGGCAGUGUGCCGUGGGGACACACAGUGUCACUGAGCCAGUAAGGCUGCCAACUGAACAGAUGCAGAGCAGAGACCCUCUUCCUUAACUACCAGCCCUGUGCCAUGUGGGCUGCACAGCCACCAGACCUGGCUAACGUUGUUGUUCUAAUUUUCUACUGCCAAUUUCAGACUCAGUGCCGUUUAUUGAGUGCCUGGGCUUUGCCAGAUAGAGUGACAGAUGCGGUCACAAACAUGACCUUGUUCCCAUGAAUAGUGCUUUGGGAAGAGUUUUUCAGGGCUUAAGCGAAUAAGUUCAGAGUACUUCAAGUGGAGCAAGGGUCACCAUUGCUGCCACAACAACACAGAGGCCAUGGAACCUCUGCUGCUGUUCUAAGUGGACGGGCACAGACUGUGGCUUAGGAGGGGGUGGCUUCCUCUGCAUCUGCAUCUGAACUCAGUACCAACAGCCCUCUAGGAAAUGGAAUAAAAACGAGAGGUCGAUUUCAUCUGCUUUUGUCCUCCAGUGGUUUAGUUAACUCAGGGCAAGGCUGAAUAGCCAGAUGUUACACUGUGGAAUAAAGACCCAACCAGCAAAUGUCACAGUCACCUUCAGCCUUUCCUCACUUCUAGUAAAAU